GCGAGUGUCAAUUUUGGGGAAAAUGAUUUAUUGAAAUAUCUCCACAUUUGUAACGAUUUCUGUCAAUAUAAAGGAUUAUGGCGGACGAAAGGAAAUUCAGAGAUUUCAAGAGGGGAUUGAGCAAACCUGGAAUGGCUGCGCAAGUUCGAGAAGAAGUCUCACAAGUCAUCAGGCAGAGUUCAAAUCAGACCAAGGUGAAACUGACAGAGCCAUUAGACUAUGAGACUGUGGUACUGAAGAAUAAAACGUUGAUAAACAAUGACCCCCACAGAGAGCUACUGCUUUUUCCACAUGAUGACCUAUCACAAUCCACAUUGCCACGUAGAUUUAGAACUGUUCGUAGCUCAGUUCCACAAAGUGCGCUAAAUGAUGCAACAAGUCUAUUGGUGAAAGAAUGCAUCAAAACCUACACCAACAACUGGCAUGUCAUACACUUCAAAUACAAUGCCUACUCAGGGAGCUACAGACAACUGCCCAAGUUAAAGAAAGAAGAAGAUGUAUUACCAGAACAUACAUUUGAGAUAGAUGCUGAAAUUGAAGGAAAAGAUGAGGAAGCUCAAACAAAUAGACUAACACAUGUCCAUGUGACAAAGCAAGGGUGGCUGUACAAAAUGCCCGAUGGUCGAGAAGAGACAUC